UUACAUUUGGCAUUAUAGUCCAAAACACAACACGAUUUGGCCAUAGUUAUCUAGCUAACUGUUUCUACACAGUUAUGGUUCAGUCUAUUUUUAAAUAACGUUACUUAAUUCCGCGGCCGAGUGGUGACCCGGAAUUAUUUUAGCGAUCUUUGUUUACAAACAUUCAAUCUCGUGUUGCCGGUCUGGUCUGUACUCCGUAUCAAAUCCAAACUACAUUGCACAUUUAAAUAAAUACGGUCCUCAGCGCACCGAAAUGUUUUUUUUUCAGGCGCAUCGUCCCAGCGUUCUGCCAGAAAAGAAGCGUAGUGGACACCUGAUGUCGUCUGAGGUCCAUCAACGGACGGUCGUUUUCCUGAGAAGUCGUCUAAGGGCCACCGUACUACGAUUAUAGCGUAUUGGCAGAUCGAGAAUUCCGGUGCUCAGGACACCAUUUUGGUUUCGGUAACUUCUGGCUCAUCCAGCCUCUCCGGUUCCUCCACGUUCGCAGCCAUUAAUGUCGCGUACUGCGUGGUAGCAGCAGUGCCAGCUACUUGAGGAAAUAGCUGGUCGCCACUCUGUAGAUGGCAACUACAGAAACUUCGCAGGUUAAGAGGAAUCGAGAUGAAAGUCGCUUCGUUUGCUCUUGCAAAUGCGAUAGACGCGAUGCAAGCACACAGACCGACACCAAAGUACAAGGUCAUGGACCGCGACUUUCCAAAGUCAACCUCUUCACUCUGCUGAGCCUUUGGAUGGAACUUUUCCCCAGGAAUAAAUCGCAACUGAAAAAUGCUGAGCAAGCACGAGUCACAGGUCUGGUCGUGGUCCAGGACCACAACGUGAUCGGUCUGCACUGCUCCAGUGCUGAGCUGCAUGUGGGGCAGGUGGCAGUGAUCAGACAUGGCCCCAGGCUGAAGGGCUGUGACCUCUACUUCUCCAGGAAGCCCUGCUCCACCUGCCUGAAGAUGAUCGUUAACGCUGGCGUGAACCGCGUGUCCUACUGGCCCGGCGACCCCGAGCUGAGCUUGCUGUUGCUUAGCGACGGUGCUGCGGUGGACCGGCAGGGCCAAGGCAGCUCCCAGGAGGCCGUGCUCGACGCCAUCGCCGCGGAGCGGCUCAAGUCCAACAGCCGGCUGCACGUGUACGUUCCGCUGCAGCCGCUGGCCAGCACGAUGCAGCAGUUCGCCGCGGAGACCUCCGUGGCCUGCGACUUCCUGCAGUGCAUGGCGGACCGCGAGAGCCGGGACGCGGGAGAGCUGUUCGCCGUCCAGCGGCGGCGGAGCCUGGAGGACCUCACGACCGCCUUCUUUGUCACGGACGAGCUUCGGCACCAGGACAUCCUGGCCAGGAUGGGCCUGGAGAACUUCUGCGUGGAGCCCUAUUUCAGCAACCUGCGGCAGCACAUGCGGGAUCUGAUCAAGGUGCUGGCGUCGGUCGCCUCCAGCGUCCCCGACCUCCAGCUGGGCUACGGCUUCUAUGUGAAGGACCUGGCGGAAGGCCCUGUGCCAGGCCUCUCCCAGGGCCUCUCCCAGGGCCUCUCCCAGAGCCUCUCCCAGGACGUCUCCCGACACUGCAUGAUCCAGGCCCGACUGCUGGCCUACAGGACCGAGGACCCCAAAGUCGGAGUUGGUGCUGUGAUCUGGGCUGAAGGAAAGUCCGGUCGCUGUGACGGGACGGGCUGCAUGUACCUGGUGGGCUGCGGUUACAACGCAUUUCCGGCGGGGUCCGAGUAUGCAGAGUUCCCCCGGAUGGACACCAAGCAGGAGGACCGUCAGAGCAGGAAGUACAGAUACAUCAUCCACGCAGAGCAGAGCGCACUCAUCUUCAGGAGUGCUGAGAUUAAGGAGGAUGAGAACACAAUGCUCUUUGUCACAAAAUGCCCCUGUGAUGAGUGUGUACCUCUGAUAGUGGGCGCUGGAAUUAAACAGGUGUACACCACAGACCUGGACAGUGGCAAAGAUAAACAUGACAUCUCCUACCUCAAGUUUGACCGACUACAGGGUGUACAGAAGUUUAUAUGGCAGAGAAAUCCACAAGCCGGAGACCUUUCACAACCGCCCAAACGGACAUUAUCAAACGGUUGCGUCCGGAACUGUGAGUCUAAUACCGAAGAGGGUCACUGCAAUAAGAAAACUCGUCUUUAAAGGAAAGAUCGACUUCUGGAUGGUUGAGGGCGGCUGUGCUCCUACUCCUGAAAGAAUAGAAAUGAACUCCUUCCAGAAGUAAUGUUCCCAGGCACAGAAAAGGAAAAGAGGCUGGGAAAGUGGCAGGUGCUCCAUGCCAGCUUACUGAAGAUACCCGAGUGCACUUUGGAAUCCAUUCACGUACCACAACCAGACCUGGGUCGAAUGCAUAAUUGUUUUUGAUUCAAAUGCCUUUCUGUGUUUGAUUGAUCUUGCCUGGUGCAGCUGACCCAACCAAUAGGACCAGAAGGUGGGGUUUGCCCUUUUUGAGAGUAUUUCAUAGGUUCCAAUACACCAGUCAGUCUCCAUAUUGAGCAUUGAAAAGUACAGUAUUUGAAUCCAAAACAAUAAUGUAUUUGAUCCAGGUCUGACUGCAAAUUAUUUCUGCGCUGGGCAGAUUCAUAGUAUGUUUUAUUGUAAGCAUGGUUUGGGAAAAUGCAUAAAAAUGUUUUAAUGAGUAUCAAAGUAUGUGAACAAUAUAAUUAUGUAAAAGUAUUUAAUUGAGUCGUCACCUUUUAUGUGUGUUAUUGACAAAAGUGCAUUUUGUGAAAAUCGUGAAUUGGAAGGUAUGUGGGUGAUGGGAAGGCCAUGCUUUUUUAAACUACGAAAAAUAAUUUUAAUACCUUGCAUAUGCAACAUGCACAUCUAGAUUUGAGUUGAAAUGGACCAAGGAAAGCUUUAUUUAUCUCUUCAGUGGUACUUUUACUGAAAGAAAAUCCGUUUCUGAAUGAAUGUAACUGCUAUCUCAUCACUGACUACAUGGAAAAUAAACCUGAUGGUUCAAAAGUA